AUGACGAAAACGGGACGCCGCGAGGAAGAAGAAGAAGAAGAAGCUGCAGGGGGGAGGCUCGGACGGAAGGAGAAGCAGCGGCACCAUGGAAGGGAGAGUAGUCCUGGAGGAAGGAAGCGAAAACACCAUCGAAAUCGUUCACCGCAGCGGAGUCGUUCGCCGCAUCCAUAUGAUUCAUGGGGGGGCUCCAGUAAAAGGAGGAAAAAGAAAGAAGGACGCAGUGAAAGUACCCAUCCCAGAAGAGGGGAAAAUGAACGGAGGAGAAGCCGAAGCAGGAGCAGAGGUAGAAAGCGACACAGUGAUAGUCAGCGGGAGCGUUCGAAGAAAGCCAAGGAACCCCCACAGGUGUCCUACAACGCAUUCGAUUACUUUUCAAACGACAUUGCGAGCGAGAAAUUAUUGCCCAGUUAUAUCAUGGAGGAAAAAAACAAGUACGAAAAGGACGUCUUCGAGAAGGCAUAUGGACUUAGCCUAGGCGAUGACAUGGUUCAAGUAGAUCAGUUUCUCUUUAACCCAAACGAAGGUCAUAAGGAGAAGGCACAAAUGAAGAAAACGGACAGUGGAGCCAAGCACACAAGUAGUAAGGGGGGGCACUAUGAGUGUUACAGUUGUAAGGCCAAAAAUGUGUACGCAAAUGUGCAGUGCUGCAAGUGUAAAAAGUUGAGGAAGAUUUAA